GAGACUUGACGCGUUACGGACGUGUCGCAUCGUCCGUGUCAUUUCGUCCGAAAUCGACUAAACUUAUGUGUACAUCAUUAGAUUUUUGAAUUAAGUGUUUUAAAGUGAUAAAUUUAUCUAUAUAAUACGUUAAUUGUGCCUGUGUUUGGUUUGAGUUUUGUGUUUAAAGGUUUUUGAACCGCAUAAAGAUACUUUUAGGUUAUUCGAAUUUCGGGCUGCUGUAAAUACAUAGAUCGCUACGUGUAAAUUUAUUCAGAAGAUUACUCAAUAAUUCCAUCUUCAUUUAUAUGAAAAACUUCACCAGGCGGCCUGUUUGUAAGAUGUGACUAAACUCACCAUGGCAGCCACAGACGGCCAAGUCGUGGUCGCGGCAUCCCGCUGGUCAGACGAAGGCCACUACCUCAGAGAGUUCGUUGUGAAGAACCGACUCCCAAAUGUUUGUAAAAUCAUUAAAGGCCAGUAUGGUGGCCUUGGAGUACCAACGCUACCGAGUCCUGGCUUACAGAGUACAGCCUUACUCGUAUCGGCAGGGAAAAGAAAGAAAAUUAUCGCCCAAGCCAUAAAGUUAAAGGAGGGAAGACGAAUGGUCAGCGUUGGGCCCAGAAUUGCCAUCCCCGAAACUUAUAAAGGUUAUUUCGAAUUAUUAAGUGAAGAAGGUAGAGCCGUCCGAUGUAUAGAACAUGUAUCAGAGCUAGCAAGAAGAAAACUGGACGACGGGUGUUUAGUUAGAGAGCCUGUUAGGGUAAUAUGCGCAAAAAUUGAUUUAGAUGGAAACCUCACGGCUGAUGGAGCAAGAAACCUACCAGCUGGUGAAGUCAUAAUGCCCAGAGGAGAAGCGUUUUUAGGUAAAAAUAAAUAUUUAAAGUGUACUGAUUCUAAGGGAGAUACUAUUUUGCUAAGCUUAGAUCAAAGGGGCAAGUUCUCAGCUGUUGCUAAAGAAGAGAAUAUAAGUGGAGUUCACACUGCGAAAACAUUACUAACAAAACGAUUGCCUAUUACUGUUAGACUCGUACAUGGAACUCCGCCUAGAGGCUUAAAAAGUACGAGCCAUUUUGUUCCAGAGCUAAGGCUGCUAUCGCUGUUCGAAGAAGAUCAUGUUUUUGCUUUACCAUUACAAAAAGAAGGGAACGCGCUUGUUGCAUUGCCACUUGCAGCUCCAUUGAAAAUGCUAAGAUGUAAAAAUGAAGAACAUAUCAAGAACUUUAUGGAAUUCUCCAGACUUCUUGAAAAAUGUAAUAGGUUGCUCGUAGACGUAGUAGAUCGAAUACAUGUACUAGAUGGUAAACUUGGCGAUCCUAAAAGAUUACUGAACGCGACUCCCCAUGCUCCACCUAUAAUAAAAACUGGAUAUUUUUUGAGAAGGAGUGCAUCAUCGGACUCAGCUAAUCAACACAAAUACAUAAAUCGUCACAGUCACAUUUAUAGCAGUCACAGAGAUGAUCACAGUAUCCCAGAUGAAUAUGACGAAAUAGAUCAAAUUUAUGACUACGUCAGAGGAUUUGCUCCUCUACCUAAAAACAUUAAAGCUUCAUAUUGCAAUGAACUAACAAGACAUGAAUCUGCACCUUCGUCACCCGCAGCUACGCCGAUACAUAUGCCCUUAAUAACUGAAAUCAAACCUGAGCCUCCUCCGAUAGAGACGAUACCAACUAAGAAACCUUUGAACCAAAAAGCCGAAAAGAGAACACGCAAAUCAAUCAAUAUAACAAAAGAAACGCCAAUAACAAUAUACAAAGAGAAAUGUUCAAUUGCACCAGCGCCUAAUUUGCCGAAGCUGUACAUUAAAAACAGUGUAAGUAAUAAUAAAGGUAGGGUGUUACUGAGUCAAAAGAGUCAUUCGCCAACUAAAGAGGCACCUAGUCCUGGAACUAGUCCUAUCCGCCCUUUAGCUAAGGGAGAUUCUCCUAUCUUUAAUAUACGUUACAAAAGUCUAUCCAAUAUCCACCAGGCCAUGGAAUUAGAUGGUACGUUAGAUUCGAGUCAUUCGGGUGGCAGAACGUCAGGGGAUUCUGGCAACGGUCCAAAGUUACCGGAGAAAAGAUCAAGAAGAUUAAGCAGACCUAAAUCUUUGACGAAUUUAGUUUGGGAGUUGAAAGGGUGUCCUGUUGAAACAAAUGAAAAGUCCAAAUCUAGAGUUAAAAACGAAGGCUACAAGAAGAUUGGAAACAAAUUAUCUUUGGGAACGCAAAAACGAGUGCCUACGCUGUAUCUUUAGUUCUUGGUCCACAUUGUCCGCAUCAAAAUCGACAAAGCAGAGACCAAAACCAGAAGAGCAGCGAACGAACACGAAAACAAACGAACAUCACAAACAAAUCGUCUCGAAAAUCAUUUGACAACAUUAGAAUUGAUAUCUCUAUACCGAACUUAGCAUUACUUAGACCAGAGGCCUAUUAUUGUUAUAAUAACUUGAAAUAUGUUAAUUGUAUUAACAAUUGCUUUGGAAAUAACUAAGAAGAAUCAUCAAGAAAUUUUUUUUUAAUCAAGACAUUUCAACAAGACAAAAGCGUUCAUUCAGCCUAUUCCAAUCGUAAAAGGAGUUUUUACAUAUAAACAAACUUUAAA